GUACAAAAUGGGGCGACGACCCGCUCGUUGUUACCGGUAUUGUAAAAACAAGCCAUACCCAAAGUCUCGUUUCUGUCGAGGUGUACCAGAUCCCAAGAUUCGUAUCUUUGAUCUUGGACGAAAGAAGGCGUGUGUUGAUGAAUUUCCACUCUGCAUCCACUUGAUUUCGGACGAGUAUGAGCAGCUGUCGUCUGAAGCUCUCGAGGCUGGUCGUAUCUGUGCCAACAAGUACUUGGUGAAGAACUGCGGUAAAGAUUCUUUCCAUCUGCGGGUGCGCUUGCAUCCCUUCCACGUCAUCCGAAUCAACAAGAUGUUGUCAUGUGCCGGUGCUGAUCGACUUCAGACCGGUAUGCGUGGAGCAUGGGGCAAGCCACAAGGAACCGUUGCUCGUGUGAACAUUGGCCAGCCAAUCAUGUCUGUCCGUGCCCGCGACCAGCACCAGGCCGCAGUUAUUGAGGCUCUGAGGAGAGCCAAGUUCAAGUACCCUGGACGACAGAAGAUUGUUGUGUCCAAGAAGUGGGGAUUCUCCAAGUGGCCACGAGAGAAGUUUGAGGGGAUGAGGGCUGAUGGAAUCCUCAUCCCUGAUGGGGUCAACGUCCAGUACAAACCCCCACACGGCCCACUCAAGGCCUGGAUGGACCGCACAGCCGCCAUCCACAGAGCUAAAUAAGCCAUAAAACAUUGGGACAAAUAAACGUGGACUUGACAUAA